AACAGAAGAAAGGAGUUGCGAUAAAUCAUGACGGCGGGCAAAUAUCUGGUUAUUGGGGGAACGGGGGGAAUCGGACGCAUGCUAGCAAAUCGACUGGUGAUGAAAUAUCACAAGGUGCAUUUGAUCUCGCGCCACCAGGAUCAGCUAAAUCAUCUGGCGUCCUCGUUACACGCGCCUGGAGACACAGGAACGCACACGGGAGUGGAAGGAACUGUGGGCUUCACCGACGUGGACGUGACGGACACGGCAGCCCUCGAGAAAGCCAUCAAAGGGAUGGGCCCGCUCAACGGCCUUGCCUACUGCGUGGGGAGCAUCAACCUGAAGCCCCUUAAGGCCACCACAUCCGACGACUUCCUUCAGGCCUUCAUGCUCAACACUUUAGGCGCCGCCACCGCCAUCCGCGCCGCGCUGCCAGGCCUAAGCGCCCAGUAUAAGAAAAGCGGGGAGGCCGGUAGCGUCGUCCUCUUCUCCUCCGUGGCCGUGCAGCAAGGGUUUCCCAACCACGCCAUCAUUAGUGCCUGCAAAGGCGGCGUCGAGGGCUUGACACGCGCCCUCGCCGCCGAGCUCGCUCCCUCCGUCCGCGUCAACGCUGUGGCCCCAUCCUUAACAGAUACGCCGCUCGCCCAGGUCCUGACCCGGUCGCAGCCCAUGAAGGAGGCGAUCGCCAAGGCCCACCCCAUCCCCCGGCUCGGUCGCGGAGACGACGCAGCGGCAGCGGCGGCUUUUCUCUUGGACAACUCGGAGUCGUCCUGGAUAACGGGGCAGAUUGUGGGCGUGGACGGAGGGCGGUCGGUGGUACGAAAAUGAGGAGGAAGGGGCCUAGAAGAGGGGAGACGAGGACAGAGG